UCACAACACUCCACUCCCAUACACUCCCUUCACUAUUUUCUCUCUUCACCGCCUCCUGGCUCCUUCCCCCCAUAAAUGACACCCAAUCACCCUCUUUUUUUUCUCUCUCUGUCUCUUUUCUUACUCCAAAAAUCUCUCCUUUUUACUACAUUGUAAAUAAUUCUUCAACAAAAUACAAAUGGUGGGUCUUCAUUCAAUUCCGCCAUGGUUAAAUGCUCUGUUAAAUGAGAAUUUCUUUGAGCCUUGUUUGGUUCACUCUGAUUCUUCCGAUCCUUCUGAAAAGAAACCCGAGAAAAAUCAUUUCUGUUUUGACUGUUGUUCUAGUGUUUGUUCUAAGUGCAUCUUACGACAUUCCAAUCACGUUCGUCUUCAGGCUAGAAGAUAUAUGUACAAUGACGUUCUUAAACUCACCGAUGCUGAAUCAAUUCUCGAUUGCUCAGGUGUUCAGGCAUACAUCACAAACAGUGCGCAAGUUGUAUUUUUAAGACAGAGACCAAAAACACGUCAAUUCAGAGGUUCUGGAAAUGGCUGCUUCACUUGCAAUCGCAAUUUACAAGAACCUUUUCUUUAUUGCUGUCUUUCUUGCAAGGUGGAGCAUAAAAUUACAACAAAUGAAGGAUUAAAACUCAACGUUUCAGACUACAAACUACUGGGUUUCUCAGAAUUAGACGAGUUUCAUGUUGUUACACCUGACUCAGUGAUUGACUCAGCCGGUUCAAUUCCUACCUCGUCCGGUUCAACUUCAAGUAAUGAUCUCCGAACCGCUCUGAUUUCCACUGCAACUACAGAGAUUGUAAGGAAGAAGCGUAGUAAUCUUAAUAUUUCUGUUAAACCGGAUUCGAACCGCUCUUUUGUGUGUCCAGAAAUUCAAGCAGCUGAUCAAAAUUAUCUGAACCGGAGGAAAAAAGGUGUCCCCAACCGGUCUCCUCUCUGCUAAGAAAGUGACCUUUCUGAACUUUCUCCCCACCCAAAAAGAAAAAGAAAAAGAAAAAAAAAGUAGGAAUGAUAUUAAAUGGUUGGUUUUUAGUGAAGGGUUUUGCUAUUUUUAGGUGGAAGGGAAGUAAUUUUUUUUUGUUACUUUCCAAAUUUUGUAGAUGGUGGAUUUUGUUAAAUCUUUUUUUUGGAAGAAAAUUUCUAAUAUUUUCCAUCUUGAUUAACGACUAAUUUUGAUUAGGUUUUUUUGGGCUGGUAAAUCUAUUUUUAGAUAUUGUGAAAAAUGAAAAUUCAUAGAAAAAUAGAUUUGCAAUUUGAAUUAUCACUCAUGUUCUCUAUCUUUGGAUAAUUCUUGGAGAAUAUUAGUAGAAAUAGUUAUGAUAGUUCCAAUUAAAAAUAUAAAUUAAAU